CUGUUUGGGCCUUGCUUACAAUUAGGAUCCGGUCGGCAGUAAAUCUCUAAUUUCUGUGCACUUUACGUCGAGAAAUCUCUAAAACAAGAUGUCCAAGCUGGGUGCUAUCUUGGUGGUGGGCUUGUGCCUGUUUGUGGCCGUGGCCUUGGCCGAGCCACGCCUUCAGUAUGUUCAGGGGCGCAAUCAGGUGCAGGGUCAAAGGGCGCAGCAGCACCCCUACCUCUUCCUGUCGAUUCCCAAGGGUCGGGCCAACGCCGGCGCCGUCGUCCAGGGCUUCGAAAUUGUCGAGGAGGAGGAUGAUGAUCUACAGGAUGAGGACCAGCACGAUGACGAGACGGAGGAUGACGAGGAGCUGGAGCACCAGAUGGGCCUGAACUUUGCCCGCAGCGGUCUGACUUACAGGCAGAACCACGAUGACGACGAACAGGACGAUGAUCAGGAUCAGGAGCAGGAUCAGGUUCAGGAUGAGCUGCCCAAGAAGCAGAUGAUGGUUAACCGGGACCAGGCUGGCGCUAUUAUGGUGCCCGAUGGCAUUAUCGAGAUCGAGGGUCAGAGUGUCCUGGACGAGAAGACCGGCAAGGCAGCUCUCCUGGUGCCCCGUGCCGCCCUAGACGCCAUUCCCGAUGGCGCGGUGGUGGCUCUCAUGGAGCGAUCCGCCUCAUCCGCUGAUGAAAUCGAGGAAGAGCGCGCCAACCGCGUGGUGGUUCGUCGCCGCAAGAACAACGGACGCAGGAACAUCCGCCGGCGGGGCAUCAACAGCAACAAUAUCCGACGCCGCCGUCGCCCUGCACAAAGGCGUCGGCGAGUGGGCGGCAACCGCAGGCGCAACGUGCGCGUCAUCCGCCCCCAGGGCGGCAACCGCAGGCGUGGCAACCAGAGGCGCCGCGGACAGGUCGUCCUCCAGGGCUGAGACACGAAACGGAGGUCGUCCUAGCCCCAUUUCUAUAUAGUAUUAUAGUUAAGAUCCCCUACCGAUCACGACAAGAAAUUUUAGACACUUGAUGACGAUGCGACAAAUAAAAUGUGAUAUAAAAAUUAUAAA